AUGGCAGAAGACGGUUUCCAGCUCAGAGCAGAGGACAACGAGCUCCAGCCGGCCGAUUUCCUAGCGUCAUCACUAGCAUCCCUCCAUCUCAGGGACGAGGCUGUGGUCAUCAACGAGAGCACCAGCCAUAUGGUGGAUAAUCCUGAGCCCCAUUCUGUAUUUCCUGUGAUGAUGUCAUCACUGUUUAACCAAUCACGACAGCAGACAGACAUAUCCACGGCCACUAGGCCUGAGCCUUCACCAGCAGUUCAAGUUGAUGUUGCAGAGUUCUUGGAGCCUGAGAUGGGCCAAAACAACAGCGAGGCUCAGUCUCACACCCUGACAGCGUUCCUGCAGGACCUUUCCUCCCCUGUUGAUCACGAUGAUGUGUUUCCUGCCCUAAGAACCAACAUUGCCAAGGAAGGAGAAUUUCAACCCAAGAACAUAAAUAAAGCGAUGGCAGCAUGUUACUCCAGUUCUGAUGACAACCAACUGUCUGAUGCAGAGUGGUACUGGGGAAAUAUUUCAAGAGAGGAGGUAAAUGAGAUGAUGAGAAACACUCCUGAUGGCACAUUCCUGGUCCGAGAUGCUUCCAGUAAGGUUAAGGGGGAAUACACUCUCACACUAAGAAAAGAUGGCUCCAACAGACUGAUAAGGAUUUUCCAUCAAGGGGGGAAGUACGGCUUUUCUGAGCCACUGGUGUUUCCCUCUAUGGUGGACCUGAUCCAGUAUUACCAGAACAAGUCUCUGGCCCAGUACAACUCAAAACUGGACACACGACUACUUUAUCCUAUAUCCAGAUACCAGCAGCAGCAGGUUGUGAUGGAAGUUGACAUUGAUGCAGUUGGAGAACAGCUGAGGAUAUUUCAGGAGCAAUACAAAGAGAAGAGCAAAGAGUAUGACCGUCUGUAUGAGACGUUUAACAAAACCUCCCAGGAGCUGCAAAGCAAGCGGACAGCCAUAGAGGCUUUCGGUGAAAUCAUUCGGAUCUUUGAGGAGGAGUGUGAAACUCAAGAACGCUACAGCAAGGAAUACAUCGACAUGUUCCUCACAUUAGACAACAGUACAGAGACUGACAGGAUUCAAAGCAAUUCAGAUGAGCUGCAGUCAAGGGUGGAGGAGAUCCACAGCAGCAAGAAGAAGUUGGAGGAGGAGCUGAGGGGGAAGGCUCUGGCUCACAUGGAGGUCGACAGGAAAAUGAACAGCCUGAAGCCUGACCUUAUGCAGCUGAGGAAGAUCAGAGAUCAAUACCUGCUUUGGCUCACCCAGCAAGGCACCACACAGAGUCAGAUUAACGAUUGGCUGGGCAUCAGGAAUGAAGAAGAAGACCCGUACACCCUGGCAGACGAUUCCCACCAGGAGGAGAGGAGCUGGUACGUUGGCAGUAUGAGACGGAGGGAGGCAGAGGAGCUGCUGAAGGGAAGGAAGGACGGCACCUUCCUAAUCAGAGACAGCCAGACUCAGAGAGGCUCCUUUGCCUGCUCAGUUGUGGUGGACGGGGAUGUGAAGCACUGUGUGAUCUACAGGACGUCCACAGGGUACGGCUUCGCUGAGCCCUACAACCUGUACUCAUCGCUGCGAGAGCUGGUCCUCCACUAUCGACACACAUCCCUGAUCCAGCACAACCAGCAGCUGAAUGUAACCCUGGCCUGGCCCGCUCUCAGCCAGCAGCCCAGCUGA